GCCUCCAACAGCCACUGCUCAAUCCACCCCGUCCUCUCCCUCUGUCCCUCAUUCCCUCAGUCCCUCUGUCCCUCUGUCCCUCUACUGUCCCUGCACCAUGGGGCCUGCCUCAGGUCCCAGCCUGCUCCUACUGCUGCUGACAAGCCUCCGCAUGGUUCUGGGGGACCCCAUGUUCUCCAUGAUCACCCCCAAUGUCUUGCGACUGGAGAGCGAGGAGAUGGUGGUGUUGGAGGCCCACCAAGCACAAGGAAACAUUCCCGUCGUGGUCACAGUCCACGACUUCCCAGCCAAGAAACAAGUGCUGGCCAAUGAGCAAACUGUGCUGACCAGCGCCGAUGGCCACCUGGGUACUGUCACCAUCAAGAUCCCGGCCAGCAAGGAGUUCAGCUCACAGAAUGGGCACAAGUUCGUGACUGUCCACGCGUCCUUCGGUACCACCGUGGUGGAGAAGGUGGUGCUGGUCAGCCUUCAGAGCGGCUACCUCUUCAUCCAGACUGACAAGACCAUCUACACCCCAGGCUCCACGGUUCUCUAUCGGAUCUUCACUGUUGACCACAAGCUGCUGCCCGUGGGCCGGACGGUUAUCGUCAGCAUUGAGGUACCAGCCACACAGAGAUAG